UAGUUUAUACUCUUUUACACUAAAGCAAAUACUAUAUACGACGUCGUAUAUAGUAUUUGACUAAAGUACUCCGAAGUCUGAAAUCAUCGAAUAUUACAUAAAUGUUUUAUUUUUUUUAAAUAUGAGUAGGAAAUUGUACAACUGUUAUUUAGCUAUCAUCAAAUUCUAGUACUAAUGGUAUAAAUGUAAUAUUUUUAAAUCGUUUUUCGCCAAUCAGUGUACCUACUUUAUAGUGUUCAAGUGAAAUCGUACCUAUAACUUAUUACACUGUGUUAUUAUAUAUACUAUUAUACUUACUCUCCAAAAUGACUGAUAAUUCAUUGUUGGAUUUAUCUAGUCAAGAAUUGCGAAAGUUGCCAAAAAAUGAAAACAGUCAUAUUAUUAAAGUUUUGGAUGUGCAAAAAAACUGUUUACAGAAACUGGAAAAUGUUGAACAUUUUACUGAACUUAAUGAAUUAAUAGCAAGCCAUAAUCAGAUGAUGAGAAUGUAUACAGUAGCAAAAUUAUCAAAACUAGUAAAAUUAGAUUUAUCUAAUAAUCAUUUGAUGAGUAUUGAAGGGCUCAGAGAUUUAAUAAAUCUUACAUCUCUUAAUUUGUCCAAUAACAAAAUCAAAAUUAUUGAACAUUUAUCAACCAAUAUAAACUUAGUGCACAUAGACUUGUCAUUCAACAGCAUAUCAUACAUUACCAAUUUGAGUCAUCUUUUAAAACUUGAAAGGCUUUUUUUGCAUUCGAAUAAUAUUUGCCAUUUAACCAACUGUCAACAUUUCCUUCCAGUCAACUUGCUUACUCUUACUUUAGCCAAUAACAAUCUUAAUGAUUUGAAUGAAAUAUCACAGCUUUGCCGUCUUGGUUUGUUGAGAGAAAUCACUUUAACUGGUAAUAGUUGCCUUGAAGGGUACACAUUUAACUACAGACCAUUUGUAGUUAAUUGGUGUCCUAGUGUGAAAAUAGUUGAUGGUUAUGCUGUGGAUGACAUUGAAAAUCUAAAAGCUGAGUGGCUGUAUAGCCAAGGUCAAGGACGGAAGUUUCAUACUGGACAACACACUGCUCUUGUACGUUAUUUAACGGAAACAUGUCCAAUUACAAGCCAUGCUUUAGAGACUGAGCAAGAAAGAAAAUUGAGAUUAGUUUUGAGCAAAGCCCAACAAUAUAGAGAGCAAUUACAUAGAACAAGUACACCAAAUAUUAAAGAAUCAGGACAAGAAUCAUUGAUGACUAGAAGCCUAGAUCCUACUGUAUUGAAGUCUACAACUCAAAGACUAUCUACUGGUUCAGAAAGCUGCCAAGGGACACCUACUAGUAUGUCUCGCAGUGUCCAUUUACCAGUGACUGAAGUUAAUUGCUUUGUCCAGUCUCCACCUCUACCAGCCGCCAGCACUAUGUUGCCGAUAUUAGACUCAUUACCUAGUCCACUGACGCCAAGUAUACCAAAAUCAAGACCUAUAAUUGGUCUUCAAACUCCAGCUGGUGAAGAGUCUCGAGCCCCUACUAUGGAAAAAUUGCAAAUGAUUAAAAAUAAAGCUUCACAAAUGAACGGCGUUGAGAACAAAGAUUUACACCAGUCAGCCAUAGUAAUACAAAAAAUGUGGAGAGGAUAUCAUACUAGAAAUUUGAACAAAAAUGUAACUAAUAUAUAUCAACAUGUACAAAUGCUACGUUUUAAUCAAUACAUUAAGCAAAUGAGCAAAGAUUUAGUAGAUACCAAAAGUACUCUUGAAAAAGAACAUAAAUUAGUAGUAUUACAAAUGCAAGCUAUAAACGAGUUGUGGAAAAAGGUUAACACUAUGGAUAACAGAUUAGGCAACGAGAAUAAUGGUGAUUCCAAGUGUCUGACGUGCUCUUCAUUGGAUACUAAGGUUCAACAGCUGCAGGAGUCCAUGGAUCAUGUAUUACGGUGUGUGAGCCCUUCAUCACAGAGUGUUGCAGAAACACAAACGGACAUCACUGCUGUACAGACACCAGUUGAAGAGAGUUGUCCAAAUGCAAACGCAAUAACCAGGCCCAAUUUCCUUCCCCUAUCCAAAUCUUGUACAAAUCAAGUUGUAAAAACUACCAACACAACUGCAAUGUCUUCGGACAUCUAAAUUAUAAUUCUAUGAAAUCAAAACUGUCCAAAAUUUCUAUUGUAUAAUAAUUUUGUACUCAUUGUGAAGAAAUCAUGAGUACUGUUGCAGUGAUCUAGUCAAACUGGUUGAACUUAAUUAUUCCUUUUUUUUUUAAAUAUCUUUAUUAUCUAUUUAAUAUUUAAGAAAACUUAAUAUUAUAAUAUAAUAAGUUAUAAUGUAUUUUUAUUGGUUUUUUUUACGAUGAUAAUAUACAAUAAAAAUAAUUUUAUAAACGUUCUGUUGAUAUAUCUAUUACAGAGUUGUUCAGUGUUUAUCCACCAGUUUCCUUAAAUAUCAUUAACAAUUAUUGUUUGCCGAUAAAAAAUAUUCACCACUAUUGCCCAAUUUACCUUGUGAUCACCAACAACCUUUUUAAUAUAGUUUGUUUGAGGACACAACAUUUUGUUUUCUAUAAUGAGAAUAAUGAUCGCAAGAAACAGGAGGCUUAUGUUAAGUGUAGAAUAAUUUAACUAUUAAAACUAUUUAGAAAGAAGAUCCUCAAUAAUACUACCGAAGAAUAUUUCCCACUUUUAUUUAUCACUAAUUACCCUUAAAAUGUAUACAUUGUGCUUAAAUUAUAGGGGACGGUAUUAUUUAACUACAAUUUUUUGUUUUAGGUUUAAAUUAAACACUGAAUUAUAUAAAACCUCUUCAACCUAAGCUAUACAAUGGAUAAUCUAUACAUUUUAUGACAUAAAUGCAUGAUUUUAAAUAAUAUUUGUAAGAAUAUAUUUUUUUAAUAUAUUACCUACUACUAUGUCUAUAUAUACAUAUUAUUUGGAGACUUGUUCAUUUAAGGAAAUAAUGAUAUGAAUAGUAAAAUUAAAUUUUUUAAGUGAAUAAUAAAUGUAUAGUAUAUUUAAUGAUAUGAACUUUUUUUAUGGAAUGAUAAUGUCAUUGUGUUUUUGAGAUAAUUUUCAAUAAAUUAUAGAGGACCUCACAAGAUCACAACAUAGUAAAAUUAAUCUAUUAUAGAUAUAUACAAUUUUUUGUUUAUAAAAUAUUAAAUGUAUUCGUAUACAUCUUUUAGUAUGUCAUUGGGAGGAUUGACUAAACAAAAUUCCAGGAUGGAAAUGUAGAUGUAUACAAGUAAAGAAGUCUUACAAACUACAAUAUAAAACAAAUUUAGUUAUUAUAAACAUAUAUAUUUAUGUUUCAUACACCAACACUAUCUUAUGGAUUAGUCUUAUACACAAAAAACUCAGUACAGCCUUACAUCAUUACUGCAAUUAUAAACAGUGUACUUUUCAAUUUAGGUUCAUGGACACUAAUAAAUUGGACUUACAAGUUACAACCAAAUACGCAACAGUCAUUGUAUGGAAGAAGAAGUAAGUAUGUUGUUUUGUGUUAUUUAUAAUGAAAAAAAAUAUAUUAUACAAAUAGAAUUCUUUCAACGUUAAAAAUAAUAUAACGAAAUACAAUUACGACAUAUUCAAACAAACUGUAAUUUAUUUGUAUGAUACUUAUCAUACAUAGUUAGACAAUUAAACUAUUAAAAUAUAAUUGAAUAAUUGACA